GCGUGUCUCUUGACACCGGUCCGAGCAGCAGGCUGUCAGUCGCAGCUUCAUAGUCUCCACUUGCUCGCACCAUCCAGGCGGGUAGCUAUGUGACAGAGCGGCCGCUGCUUCAUCCCGGACCUCCCCGCGUCUCGGUCUCCUCCUGUCCGCUCAGGAUGGACCAGAGGAGAGCUGAGCCGGACCGCAACAACAGCAUCAACCCGGUUUCGCUGUACGGGGAGUUCACGCUCACGGAUAACCGAAAAGUCCGGUGCGCCGUGAGCCUGACCGAGAGGGACCUCAUCGUCCAGCGGCUCACUUCGGCACCUGUCGGCCGCAGCAAGGUGGUGCUCAGCCUGAAGGACUGCGUCGGCUGCCGGGCUUACCUGGAGGACGACAACGCGGACCCGGCUGCGUACUUUGCGGCGCACUUCUACCCGCUCAGACGGCGCUGGGUGAGUUCCGGGGUGUCGCGGCAGAGAGCGGAGCAGUGCUUUCGUCUCGCGGCGCUGCAGGACCCGCGCGCCAACCUGGAGGAGGCGGAGAAGUGGGCUCGCGCUGUCCGAGAACGCGCUGCACGCCAGCAGUCCCUCCGGAGGAACGGGGUGUUGAUGAGCACGCUGUCUCGUCCGAGCCGGAUGAUGCUGCUGGUGAACCCACAGAGCGGCCAAGGACAGGCGCUCACUCUCUACAACAACCACAUCCAACGCAUGCUGAACGAGGCGGGAGUCACACACACUCUGGUCAUCACUGAGCGGCAGAACCACGCCCGAGAGCUGGUGAAGGAGGCCGACCUGUCACAGUGGGACGCUUUGGUCAUCAUGUCUGGAGAUGGCCUUCUGUUUGAGGUGAUCAAUGGUCUGCUGGAGAGACCAGACUGGGCCGAGGCCGUCCGGACCCCGCUGGGUAUCCUACCUGGUGGAUCAGGCAACGCAUUGGCUGCAUCCGUACACCACUACUCUGGAGCCUCGCUGGUGUCCACUGAGGAGCUCCUGGUCAGCUGCGGCUUCCUGCUCUGCCAAGGGCUCGUGGCCCACAUGGACCUGGUCUCCAUCCAGCUCUCCUCCGGCCCUCGUCUCUUCUCCUUCCUGUCGAUGGCCUGGGGCUUCGUGGCCGACGUGGACAUAGAAAGCGAGAAGUACCGUCACGUCGGAGCCGCCCGGUUCACUGUCGGCACGCUGGUGAGGCUGGCUUCUCUCCGCGUCUACAAGGGCAAGCUGGCCUACCUGCCCGCCAGCGAGGACGACCACAGCGAGGACGAGGGUUCAGGAAACAACAUGGCGCGGCAUUGUAACGGUCAGGCUUCCUCCGUGGCCCCGUCCGGAGACUCUCCCCGCCAGAACACCUUCCACAACUCCUGCCACUCCAACAACUCCCACAAGGUGAGGAGGACGGAGAGCACCUGCAAAGCCCUCGGCGGCCCGCCGGACUCCCUGCUGCCGCCUCUGGACCAGCCGCUGCCCAGCGACUGGGUGGUGGUGACGGAGGAAGACUUUGUCCUCAUGCUGGCCAUGUACCAGUCCCACCUGGCGGAGGACCUGCUGGCGGCACCGCACGCCACCUCGGACGACGGCGUCAUCCAUCUUUUCUACGUCAGAGCGGGGAUAUCGCGCGCCGCCCUGCUGAAGCUCUUCCUGGCUAUGGAGAAGGGGGCACAUCUGGCUACUAACUGUCAGCAUCUGGUGCACGCUAAGGUGCGGGCGCUCAGGCUGGAGCCACAUUCACCCAAAGGGAUAAUAACGGUAGAUGGAGAAGUGGUGGACUAUGGGCCGGUGCAAGCGGAGGUACACAGAGGCCUGGCGAGGUUAAUCACUGGAUGAGCACAAUAAACACAUUUAUGCUCUUCAACUCAGAACUGGCCCGCGGCGGGAGAACGUACGACUCAUUCACUGUUAUCUGCAACGCCAUGUUUCAGUAGGAAAGCAUGCAAUAUUAAGACAAGUGCUAUUUAUGGAGACCCAUGGUGUUCAAUAUUAAAUUAAUAGAAAGGCAUUCUGAAAGGAAUAUUCUUAAUAAUCAAUGCAGACAAGAUAAUUGUAAUUAUUACUUCAAUACUUCAAAUAUUUUUUUCAUCUUACUUCUUUUCACAGACUUUUAAAAAAGGACGUUAUGGAAGAAAAAAAACAGGAAUAAAGUGAAAAUGACCAUCAAUAAAUGCUUAUUGUAAAAAAAUACUGAGGUUUAAAACAUGUUUUGAAUAGUUUCAUGCCUCUGUUUAUGAAAUACUGAACACUUUGGGACUUUCUGCAGACAUGUUGGUAUCACUUCACAGAUAAAACAUGUUUCAUCUUGUGAUGAAGUAAAUCCACCCCCAUCUUUAGCCUCCAGUGUCACCUUUCAUGGACAUGAAUUAUGGCACGGUGGGAUUUAUGCCUUAAAGGCUCCACUGCAGACUGUGAGACUGUGUGUGUGUGUGUGUGUGUGUGUGUGUGUGUGUGUGUGUGUGUGUGUUGCAGUGAAUAUGAGGAAGUGGGGAUGUGAUCGUGGAGUUGUCAUUUUAACAGAGAUGAUUGUUUAUUGAACAUUGAGAGCCUCAAACACUCAAGGCAUCAAUGCAUAAAACAUUGGUAAAUAUAACUAUUAAUUUUUAACUUGAAGAGAUAUUAAACAGUAACAGCAUAGCCUGUCAGGAAAUCCAUGCAUCGCAAACAAUAUACCAUUCACCACCUUGUUGCUAUCAAUGCAGAAAUCUCAUAGACAUUAAAGCCUGCUGAAAUAAAACCAAACGAUCUGCUUGACUAGAUCCCACGAGAGGUCAAAGAGACCAUACUGGGGUUUGUUUACUUGAAGUAGGGUUGAACUGACUCUUUAAUUUAACUACAAAACAGCACCUUUGGGGGAAUGCGAGUAAAUCUUCUGCUUUCAUCCAUUCAUCUGCUGCUUUAAGCACCACUGCAGGCUCCAGUGUCUCUGGCCUCAGCUGGUAUUCAGACGCACACGCCCCCCUAAGGGAGACUCACUAAUCAUCACCGUUGAGCUUUAACAGAGGAACAUGAUGACUGAGGCUUCGGCCUACACGAGCAGUAAAGUCAGAUGUGUAAAUGCGUUUUUAAUUGUGAUCCAAAUCUCUUUUGGAGGUACGUUGCAUUCAUUUUACAAAAAUCUGAUGUGGACCCAAAGAGAUCAGCUUUUUCUUGUCUGCGUGGAAGUGAAAUGAACUCGGAGUUAAACACGGGACUUUAGAGGGGUUCAAGCUGGCGGAAAGAGGACAUUGGUGAGCGUUGGGAGGAGGAGGAGGAGGAGGAGGAAUAAUAUUGACUUGUUAAAUGCUGCAUGAGGCAGGGCGCCCCUUUUCUUCCUGCUCACAGCAAUAAAUCAUUUGGGAGCUUUAGCAACCCCCCCCCCCCCCCCCACCCCCCCACACACACACACACACACACACACACACACACGGUAAAACAGUAUGCUAUGUCAACAUAAUCACACCGUGGAUGUGUCAUGUUUGUUGUUUUAAUCAGCACGUCUGCGUUUGACACUGUAAAGAAUUUAAUUGCGAAAGACCAAAAAGAUGUAUUUAUUGUAGAGAUAUUCUUCUCUCCAUGUUUUUUGCACAGUCUACAUUUGUUUGCCAACGCUGUUUUGAAGCCUUCACGAGACAAUCGAGUUGGAUUUUCUGUCCUCAAGGUUUAAAUUCGGUCUGCAACAGGAAUCCAGCCGACGAGCUUCGGGCGCUCGGUGGAAACAGACAGAUGUGGUCGGUUAUGGACCCACACCGGGUUUCACAACCUUUUAGGAUUCCGACCUCUUAAAAUGAAGCCAGUAUGUCGACCUGUUUUUUCCUACUAUGAUCAUGAUUUUGUGCAUUUAUGGGCGUUUGCUCGUGACCCCACAUAUCAAAUAUAUGAAUAUCAAUAAUAUUUUUUAUACCAGAGUGCUACUGAUCCAGACCCCUUUCUCACACACUUUAUUUUCUAUGCAGUCGGGUUUCUUGUGAGGAUGCAGUAUGCAGUGGUCCUUUUAACUGUUUGAUGUGCCUUGAUUGUGCUGCCGCCUGGUGGUUUGAACGCGGCGGUGCAUUCACUGAAUUCUCAUCAGUUUAAAAAACUGAUCCGUUUGGAGGAAGGGACACUUUGGACAUCUGUCCACAUGUCAGUAAAAUAAGUGCAAUUGUGGCACCGUGCUGUUAAUGCUGUUGCCAUGGUGACGCCUCCUCAAUUACUACGAGGGAAGUCUUCAGCUUUUCAAUAACGAGAAAUCUAUAUGUGCUGAAGCGUCAGAGGAGGAAGGACCUGAUGUUUGUGUCCGCGCGGCAGAAGAAACAAACUGACUUGAUUUGCUGUUUACAUCUUUCCCUGCCGCUUCUCAAUCGUUGUCUUGUGUGUUUAAACGUUUAUGGUGAAGGGAACAUUAGUCAUUUGAAUUUUUUUCUGGCACACAUUGAAUGAUUGAUUCUUUAUUCACAGAGAUCUAUUUUUCCAUUCGACAAAUGUCUGUAACUUUUCUACAAUCAAAUGAAACCUUCUGCUGGGGUUCCACUUUGAUUUGGGGGGGAAAUAAACAAGAAAUGAUGACAAACAA